ACUCCAUUUUGGAGUUGAACUUUUUAUAUUUAUGAAAUGGUCCUUUUGAUUUUUAAUGUUUUUAAUUCAUACUUAAAAUAACAUAAUAACAUAAAAAAAUAUAAUACUCCACAAAAGAUUACUACUUUAUAGUUUACAGAAAAUAUGCAUAAACUCAUAAAAGUCAAAACUAAGAAUAAAAAAUAUAAAAUAAAUAUAAUAUAAUAUAAAUAAGUAAUUUAAUAAUUAAUUCGGUAAAUUGUUUUCGAAACUACCAAAAGCGGUGAAGUAUUAUUCAAACGGAAUAUAUGAGUUUUUUAAUUUUGUGGGUCAAAAUUUUGAUUGAUAACAUUUGUACUUGUUGAACUUGAUAUAUGCACAAACAAACAAUAGGAUCCAAUACAUAAUUCAAAUUACAAAAAAAAAACUUUAUUUUUUUUUAUGUUUUUUUGAUGCAUAAAAAUAUUUUUGAAUUAGAAAAAUUGCAUAUGAUAAAAUUUGCACGAAUUGAAAUUGGAAGAUAAUCUCUAGUUGUAUUUUUAAUGAUAAAUAUUUAAUUUAAAUAAAAUAUAUUAUUAUAGAAAUUUUGUAAACAUAAAAUAGUUGGGUUAAUUGUUAAUUUUUUAUAAGUUGAAGGUACUAAUAAUAAUUAUAUACUAAAUGAAAAAAGAACCCUUUUGUUUGGAGUAAAAAAUAGAGUAAUACAUUGGAGUAAAAUCCAACUUCAUUUUGGAGUUACACCAUUUUGAAGUAAAAUUUGGAGUAAUACAUUGGAGAUGCUCUAAGAUAGAAUAACGAAUAAAUGUUUCAUGUGUUCAAACAGAAAGCCUUGAAAGAAGAGCCGCCUACGUAUGAAGUGAGCCGACUAGUAGUGUUAAGGGAGCAAACAGAGCCAACACUGUUCACAAUAAUCCAUAGCCGAUUCAACGAUUCCAAAAGAGACAAACUUUUAAGACAAGAGAGAGAGAAAAGUCUUUCUUCUCCAUCACCAUCUCUAUCUGCGCAUGUUUCCUCCAUAAAAACCAAAACAAACCUCCCCAAAAGCUCCAACCUUUAACCCAAAAGCUCCAAUCUUUCUUCUUUCCCGCGUCUUCUUUGAUGACGACGUCUGACUCCGGCGAAUCACGACGCACGGCGAUGAGGCCUCACGGCGGAAUAACGGGGCUUCCACCGGCCACGGAGCAGCAAGAGCAGCUCCCGUGUCCUCGCUGCGACUCAACCAACACCAAGUUCUGUUACUACAACAACUACAACUUCUCCCAGCCUCGCCACUUCUGCAAAUCCUGCCGCCGUUACUGGACUCACGGCGGAACUCUUCGCGACAUUCCCGUCGGCGGCGGCACUCGCAAAGCCGCGAAACGCUCCCGCACUUGCUCCUCCUCCGCCGGAGUCCUCAACGCUCCGUUGCAAGCGACGCCUGUUCUCUUCCCUCAAACGUCGCUCUCUAACGACGUUUGCCACGCCGUUACCGAGAACGACGGAAAGGGAAGUUCUUUGUCUCUCUGCGGCAGUUUCACGUCUCUCCUGAACCAAAACGCCAACGCAGCGAGUGCCACGACGCAUGGAACAGGCGGGUUUGGAAGCGGACUCGGGUCGGGUUAUGAUGACGUCAGCUUUGGACUCGGAAGAGCGGCUUGGCCGUUUUCGACCGUGGGCGACGCUGCAACGACGAAUGUGGGGAGUAACGGUGGUCAUCACGCGGUUCAGAUACCCGCCACGUGGCAGUUCGAGGGUUUAGAGAGCAGCAACGCCGGUGGGUUCGUUCCCGGUGAGUACUUUGCGUGGCCGGACCUCUCCAUCACAACACCAGUGAGCUCACUCAAAUGAAUGCAAAGCUUCUGUCUUUACUAGAGGGUUUCUAUUGCUUUGGCUUUGUCUGAUCUCUUAGUCUUAGUGUGUCUGGUCGUUUUAGAACUUGUGUAAUGAAACUAGAAAACAGAGCAAGUUUGUGUUUUUCUUUGUCUCUAAGAUCUUUACCUUGUUGCUUUGGACUCUGUUUUAUAAUUGCAAUGAUGAUACUUGUUUUUGGAACAACU